AUGUUGAUGAUAAAAAUCGGGUUCUGUUUUGUGGUGGAGAGUGGUGGAUCGGGGGACUCGAGUGGAGACACAGUCCUGGCCGGGUUAAGGUUUCCGAGUCGACUCGGCGGCGCUCGGCGGAGGAAGGUGAAGGUCAAGGUGAUGGAGUGGUGGCGCAAAAUGGUCUUCCCCGUUAAAAAGGCUUGGCUUGUCGUCUCGGCCCGUAAAAAGGGUGCGGGGCUUUUGAAACUUCAUGACGACAUCCAGACUUGUGGAUACGAGGAUGUCCAAAUCAUGUGGGAGAUGUUGAGGAGAAGCGAAUCAGAAGUAAUGUCGCAUCACAAGAAACGCAAACAACGCUGGUUCAUGAAGAACUUGGCGUGGUUCAACCACGGACGAUCGGGUCCUUCCUUGUCGACUCAUCAAUCUCAAUAA